ACACAACAUCUGACAACGAAGCGAGACUGCCAUGCCAUUAGGGCUCUCGCUCAGGACCAUCAGCAGGAGGUGUUGGAAAAGCAGUGAACGUUCCGUGUCGGCUCAGUCCUCGCGAGCCCUCUCCAUUACUUGUCGGGGGAAACCCAUCAGUCGCGAAGAAUUAUUCAAGUACACGAACGGGCGUUUCCUAGUCGAUGAAAACAACGCCUGUCAUCGCAGAUAUGUGAAGUUUGACGUCGACCAACUGUGCGCAGUAGCCGCAUCUACCGGCGGGCAACACUCGCCUGUCCAGGCGAUCGAGAAGAUGGAGGGAGGAUUUAGCAAGGCACUCCUCUUGCGAAGGGAGGAUGGAAGCGAAAUUAUUGCCAAAAUUCCGUUCUCCAUUGCCGGGCCGCCAAAGUACACAACCGCCUCUGAAGUGGCUGUUCUCCAAUAUCUACAUACGCAUACUCAAGUCCCAGUUCCCAAGGUGUUGGCCUGGAGUUCCAAUCCGUCAAAUCCUGUUGGCGCCGAAUAUAUCAUAAUGGAAAAGGCUUCUGGGAUACAACUAUUCAAGAAAUGGGGAGAAAUGACUGAAUACGAUCAGUUCUGCCUCGUCAAGCAAUUGACGAAGCUAGAGGGCGAAUUGGCAGCGAUCCGCUUUCCCGCCAGCGGGAGUUUCUAUCUCUGCGAGUCCAUGUCAGAAGAUGAUACAUAUGUCGCUUUGGGGCGUGAAGCGGAUCCUUCUGGGCAGUUCUGCAUAGGGCCGUCAUGCGAACGAGGGUGGUAUGCUCAGGACAAGACAGCAUCUUCGCAUUCUCGAUUCAAUCGAGGACCAUGGCCAAGUCUAUCUUCUUUCGGGAUUGCGCUUGUAGAACGCGAGACUGCGCGCAUUGAACAAAAUCCAACGACCGCUACGUCUGAUCCACCACGUGGAUCCUUCGAUGAACAGAUCGCCGUCCUAAAAAUGGCCAAAGCUGUUAUGUCUAGACUAGACUCGGACACACUCAUCGAUAGGGCGUCCCAGCCAGUCUUGUGGCACACCGACCUCCACAUGGGCAAUAUUUACGUCUCUAACGAAGAUUCUACAAAGAUUGUCUCGCUUAUCGAUUGGCAGUCGAUUGUAGUCUCACCUUUGUUCUUACAAGCCCGCUUCCCAGAGUUCUUGCCGGUUGACGAAGAUUACGCCUUCGGCUCAGAGAUCCCUAAGCUACCGCCAAAUUAUGACCAGAUGGACGCAGAUGAUAAGGAAAUCGCUGGCUUUAAGCUACAGGAAGCUAAGUUAGCUAAGGCAUAUGAAUUAUCCAGUGGGUCCCAGAACAAGCAGGCGUACAAAGCCUUGUUUAUACCAUCAUUCCUACGGGAGCUCUUCGUUCGAUGUGGAGAGGUAUCAGAAGAGGGUGUAAUACCGCUUCGGGCCUGUCUUAUCCAGCUCUCCAAGGCGUGGAAUGAUGUAGGGUUCACUGGUAAAUGCCCGUUCAGUUUCAGCGAGGACGACAUACAAAAGCACGACCAACAGUUUGAGGAAUAUCGCAACUUUCAUAGAGUCCAAGAAAUCGCCAGAACGCUCCUCGACACUGAUUCCGAGGGUUGGGUUGCCCCUCAGCUUGAUUUCGCGAUGAAACAGCAGCAGAACGAGGAGUUGCUUCAACUCAUCAUGUCCAGAAGCAAUGAGUACAACAAGUCACCAGAAGGAGUGCAGAGAAUUUGGCCAUUUUUGAAAAGUUCAUAGACCCAAAACCAGUCGCAUUGAAUCACGUGUAGACGUUUUCUGCAUCACUGUUAAUGAGUUGCUUGAUUCACCUGGAGUUUUUAUCCGCC